AUGCCACCGUCGCCAUUGACACGUUCAGCUGCGCGGUGGCCAGUACUCUCAAAGGGCAAGCCAGCCGACCUGCCAGGUCGUCGCUGCUUCUCCUCGCGCUCCUCGUCUACAAGCUCCUGCUCCGCUCCUCUGAGCUUCUUGGCCAUGUCGACGCAGCUGGCGCCGAGAUGUUUCCCGGUCGCAGCACCGCACCCACACCAUUUUGGCUCCCGUCUCAUCACCACCACUAGCAGCGCUACCCCAUCGGCAGCAUCUCUUUCAGAAAAGGUCAAAGCCCUGAUGCGCUCCUCGGCCCAGCCAGUCGCGCUCGUGACAUGCUUUCUUCCUGCGUCGGCCGGCAACAGCUCCAGCAGACUGGUCCACGGCGCAACUCUGUCUUCGUUUAGCUCAAUCUCCAUGUCGCCGCCGUUAGUAGCCUUCAGCAUCAAGACGCCGAGCAGGCUCGCCGAUGCCCUCGUAUCGGCAUCGCCCAGUCCAUCUUCGUCCGACUCGCAAGCGGCAGCAGCGAGAACGCAAUCUUCGCAGCCGUUACCGCCCGCAGCUAGAGCAGCAGAGAAGCAGGCGACGCGGCCCCAUUUCGUUGUCAAUCUCCUCGGUCAAGACCAGGCAAACUUGGCAAGAGCCUUUGCUACGCCAGGGAUAGAGCCCUUCCCGUACGGCCGUGGUGCUUCAAGUCCCGACAAAUUCGGCACCGGGGAUACGGCGGCCCAGCAACCCCGGCGGACAACGUCACCGCGAGGGAGAGCACCACAUCCAUUCGACAGCCACGACAUCUUUCCGUGCCACGAGGCCGACGGGAUACCCGUUGUCCGUGGCUCACUCGGGGCCCUAUCUUGCAGCCUCGUUGCCGACAUCCCUCUGGCCCAGCUGUCGGUCGGAUCCAGCCAGGAAGGCGAAUUUGUGGACCAGAGCGUUCUCUUCAUCGCCCGGAUCCAUUCCGUCAUCGACAAGCCGACCGAAGCGCAGGAGCAGAAGCUGCCCCUCGUAUACUGGGAUCGACGCUUCACCACCGUCAAGGACGGACAAGGACAGGAGUGA